CUAAACACCAAACAAUCGUCCGAAAUUCGGAAAAUCAUCAUCCAGCACUGUCAGCGGCGAACAAGGUCCCGUAAAAGUUUGUGAGAAUUUCGCUGUUUUGCUAGUUUCCUAGUGAUAUAAAGUUAGUGCACCACCAUGUCGGCCAGAUACGAUCGAGCUGUUACGGUUUUCUCUCCGGAUGGUCACUUGCUACAGGUGGAAUACGCCCAGGAAGCCGUUCGAAAGGGAUCCACUGCCGUCGGUGUCCGCGGCAAGGAUGUGGUUGUAUUGGGAGUAGAGAAAAAGUCCGUCGCAAAGUUGCAAGAGGAGCGAACGGUUCGGAAAAUCUGUCUGCUGGACCAUCACGUCGUGAUGGCUUUUGCCGGUCUCACUGCCGAUGCCCGUAUUUUAAUUAACCGAGCUCAGGUCGAAUGCCAGAGCCACAAGCUGAACGUAGAGGAUCCGGUAACGUUGGAAUACAUCACUCGGUUCAUUGCCGGACUGAAGCAAAAGUACACGCAGAGCAACGGUCGCCGACCGUUCGGAAUUUCCUGCUUGAUUGGAGGAUUCGAUUAUGACGGACUGCCCCAUCUGUACCAAACGGAACCGUCCGGUAUUUACUACGAGUGGAAGGCGAACGCCACCGGACGGUCGGCAAAGACUGUGCGGGAAUUCCUGGAGAAGUACUACACCCUGGAACAGGUAGAAACGGAAGAUGGCGCCAUCAAGCUGGCCAUCAAGGCCCUGCUGGAAGUGGUGCAGUCUGGGCAGAAGAAUCUGGAAGUGGCAGUGAUGAAGCGGAAUCAGCCGAUGCAGAUGCUCGAUGCGGAAACCAUCGAGAAGUAUGUUGCGAUUAUCGAGAAGGAGAAAGAGGAGGAAGCGGAAAAGAAGAAGCAGAAGAAGUAAGCGGGAUUGUGGGUAAGAAUUUUGGUACUUUUUCUUCAUUUACGGUAACGUUUACUGAUAAUCAAUAUUGGAAUAAACGAUUUCUUGUUUCGGUUACACAACUGCAAGGAUCAGUA